CCGAAGAUUCAGACGUUCGUUACUAGUCCAAGUUCAUAAAAUUCAGAGAGUAAUGGCGGCGAAGGCAGAGAACGACGACGAGUUCGUAACGCUCACCUGCACCAAUUUUGAUGCCUCAGAGCUGAACGAAAUCACGGACGCUGAUCAGAUUGUAAUUUCAACGGCCAGUGUCGCCAGUUGGGACUUGCAAUUAAUUCUCAGUCACAAAGUCCUCAAAAUAAAAGCCAAUCCAAAAAGGCUGAUUGAAAAAUCUUCUUAUUUUCGGGGUCUCCUAUGUGGAAGCUUUAGUGAAUCUACGAUGCAGUAUAUUUCCAUACAUUGGGAUACAGACUCGUUUUUGAGUGUUUUAAGAUUCAUGUUUGGAUGCAAGGUGGAUAUUACGUCUGAUAAUUUUAUUCCCAUGUACGAGGCUGCUUUAUUUUUUGGAGUGGAAACUCUUCUCUUGAAAUGUCAUGUUUGGUUAAAUGAAGUAACAUCGCUCGAAGGACUUCGAUCACCAGAAUUAUGUUUGUAUGAUUUGGUCCACAUCUGGAAUUAUGGUUUAGAACAUGCCAAUGAUUUUAUCCUACAAAAAUCUACAAGCUAUCUAGCAAGGAACUUUAUGUGGGCAUCAUCCUGUAACUCUUUCAACAAUAUUCCUUAUGAAUUACUAUGUUCAGUUAUAAAGGAUCCUGAAUUGACUGUAGACAGUGAGAAGCAUCUUUGUGAAGCCAUUUUAGUUUGGCUUGAUGCGAAUGUAACUCAAUCAGAGGGCUGGAGUGGUGAAGAAGUAAGUCAUGCUGAUGUAUUAAAGCAGAUACGAACAUCACUUUUACCCUUGAAGUUUGUUGCUGUAGGUAAACGAAAAUCCUGUUUCUUUUCAAAGUUUGCGGAUAAAGGCCUUCGUUCCAUCCUGAGUUUGACGAGACCUCUUUCAACAAUAUCAAAGAACGUAUUUAAAGAUGCAGACUUGAGUCAUCUUAGAAUCCGGCUUACAAAAUAUACUAAGGUUUUCCUUUCCUAUUACUUUAUCCCUGUUUUCUAUAUCAUAUAUGUGGUAGUGAGAUGGCUGACAAAUAAACAUGACUUUUGUGGUUUUAUGCAGCGGUUAUUAGACCAGUUGUACUUUAUGGAACUGGCUGUUGUGCAACUAAAAGAUAAUCUGCCUUUAUACAAUUCUGGGGACCUCAAUGUUGAUCUCUCCUCGGUGGUGUCUUGGAGAUACUACGGAAUAAGCUUAUCAAGACCUGGAAUAUGCUCAUGCAAGAUUCUUUCUCCCAAAUCAGUGGCAUUUGAAAGCCAAAGGGUCAUUUUAGUCCAUGAAGCACAAGCUGCUGCCUCUUUUUCAUAUAUGUCGAGGCCAUUCCUCUCAAAUAUCACGAAACUCACGUUGGAAGGCCGAACCAACAUCAGAGAUUCUGAUCUCCAUGACAUCUCAGAGUUCUGUGCUUCCUUGUGCUACCUUAACCUUAACGGGUGUACUUCAUUGACGGACAAUGGUUUAUCGGUAAUAAUUCUGAAAUGUAAAAAACUACACUCAGUUUUGGCGUGUGAUACUUCUUUUGGGAAUAAUUCAAUUCUGGCACUUUGCUAUGGGAUUUCUGUUGCGGAAUCCAAAAGAGGAAACUACUCUCACACGACGGCUUCGAAGUGUCAAACCCUGCAUAUUGGUGGCUGCAAUGGGAUAAAUGAAACAGCUUUGUCAGAGCUUCUUUCUGGAGCAAAUAAUUUGAGGAGUCUGUGUUUGCGGGAGAUUCAACUUGAUGACAAUGCUCUUUAUUGUUUUUCAGGAUCCUCCUUGGAGAUGCUUGAUAUUUCUGAUUCAAAGGUUUCUGCUGCUGCUUUGGCUCAUGUUAUUCAUAGAAAUCCCGAUCUAAAAUGUUUGAAAGCAAGAGGCUGUAGGCAUUUGCUAGUAAAGGAAAGUAAGACGGAAGAGAGAAACUUUCCUGCUUUAUUGCGUAGUCCAAAAGAGUGGUACUCUGAGCUUGGCAAGUCCUGCAAAUUGGACGAGAUUCAACUUGGAUGGGGUUUUUCAUCUCUUUAUAUGGAGGCACUUAAACCGGCAUUUAGAACAUUAAGAACGAUAGUUGUUGGUUUAGGUGGAUCCUUGGGCCAAGAUGGGCUGAAGCAGUUAUCCGAUAUCUGUCCUUUGCUUGAGACCUUGGUUCUAUAUUUUCAGGUGAUAAAUGAUUCUGCUAUAAUGCAUGUUAUGAAAACCUUGUUGCAGUUGCAAGUCUUGGCUCUAUCCUAUUGCAUUGGUGAGAUUUCAUCAUUAAGCUUUAAGUUCAUGAUGCCGAAUUUGAAGAACCUGAAACUUGAAAGAGUAACACCAUGGAUGUCAAAUGAAGAUCUGGUUAAUCUGACACAGAAUUGUCCCAAGUUAGUCGAGCUUUCAUUGACAGGGUGCACAAUGUUUAAUUCAGAAUCCCAAGAUAUUAUUUCAAGUGGUUGGCCAGGGUUGAUAUCCAUUCAUCUUGAGGACUGUGGAGAAGUAACAACCAAUGACGUUGUAUCUCUUCUGGACUGUCAUGCCCUUGAAGAUCUUAUGCUACGUCACACUGGCCCUGGAAUUACGAGAAAUUUCAUCAUUUAUGCUGCUCACAAGUUACCAAUGCUUCGAAAAAUAUCACUUGAUAGAUGUGAUGCAAGGGAUGGAGACUUUGACAUUCCAAAUUGUGAUGACAGGUACUUCUUAAGUAGUGUGAAGAUUGCUAGAUGUAAGCUUCGACCCUGCACCUUUGACCUUCAUAAUCUGGAGGGCCGGAGAAACCCCGUGCAUAAAGAAACCUUAAUAUUGGAGUGGAACAGUGAAAAUCUCACAAGAAUUGGGAAGGAAAGACUUUAAUUUUCGCGCUUGAAAUCAGAUAUACCAUCUAUGGAAACACUGUGAAAUGGAAUGCACAGAUGUGUUACUGUACAUUAUUUCGACUCCUGCACUCUAAAAGCAUGUUGGAUAUCACUUGGUCUGUAAUAGAUAAUGUUAAUUUAGGUCUUAUAGUAACAUGAAACUAUGUCAUGUUCAGUAAAUUUGAAAAAAAGAGUUAAAAAUUGUUUGUUUUUGAAUAACAUUAUGAUUUUUUUUACAA